AUGAAGAAAAAUGAUCAAGGAGAUGUUUCAGUUCUUAUAAAUAAGAUUAAAGAGAUAGAGAGCAAUUCAAGAUCCAAAAUUGAAGUCUCAAAGGCACAUUCCAUCUGCCUUCAACUCAAGAUGAACAAAAUGAAUCUAAACAGUAUCGAAGCUUCAAGUCUAGUAAACAACCCAAACAUUGGAUCCAACACCAACACUAACACCAACGAGAGUAUAAUUCUAGAACUGGCUGCAUUAAGAACAGAGAAUAACCGUCUACACAAUACAAUAUCCGAAAUAGAGAAAGAGAAUAGGAAAACAGUGAGUCAUCAAAACAACAUCAUAAAAAAGUUAAGCAAUGAGAACAAGGAUGUGAAACAAAUAGCGGAGAAUAAUAUCAACGAGACAGUUGGAGAGUUACGCAAGAAUUUAGAAGACCGAAUUCGAAUGAUGAGCAAGAGAAUAAAGGAGGAAGAACAACUUCAUAUCGAGAACAAGGAAGUCUUCAUGAAAACAAGAGACAAGUACUCGAUAGAGAAGUCUGACAUGAUAAUUAUUGAGGACAUGAUGAAGGAACUCAAUAGUGUGGGAGUUAAGUUCGAGGAAUACAGUGAUGAUAUUAUGAGGAGGGUUUCCACGUUUUCUUGUUGGUCCAUGUUUGCAAAGGAAUGGGCUAGGAAGAAAGGAAUGGAGGAGAAGGAACGGGAUGAAGAGAUAAUGGAAUUAAGGGAGAAGGUGAAGGAAAUGGAGAAGUUUGUGAAUGAGAAGGAAGAAGAGAUUUCUAUGAUUGGGGAGGAGAAUAAGGAGGCUAUUAGACAGUUAUGUGUUUGGAUUGAUUAUCAUCGAAACAAUAGAAGAGGUUACUUGAAGGAAAUUGUCUCAAGAAAUCGUCGAAACCUUAGUAUUUUGCGAAUUAGGAAGAGCUAA